UUUGUCCCUCCUCUCCACCCCCACCCAGGCUCCCUGACUCUCAGGCCCAGCACAGCUCAGCUGUUUGUUCGUGAGUCUCUUGAUCUGAGCUGUGAGGAAGACUCUGCUGGAUGGACGGUGAAGAGGAACACGACCACAGGAACCAUGAGAGAGUGUGGAGACACCUGGGGAAGACUAAGAGCUUCCUCCUGCAGAAUCAGUUACACAAAGCCAUCAGACACUGGAGUUUACUGGUGUGAGUCCAGAGAGGGAGCAACCAGCAACACCAUCAACAUCACCAUCACUGGUGGUGAUGUGAUCCUGCAGAGUCCUGUCCUUCCUGUGAUGGAGGGAGCUGCUGUGACUCUGAACUGUACAACCUCGGAUUACACCAGCCUCCCAGCUGAUUUCUAUAAAGAUGGCUCCCUCAUCAGGACUGAGUCUACAGGACAGAUGACCAUCCACCAUGUUUCCAAGUCUGAUGAAGGUCUCUACCACUGCAACAUCUUUGGUUAUGAACAGUCUCCACCCAGCCGGCUGGCUGUGACAGUCAGACUGCUCUGCCACCUAGUGGUGUUCUGUCCUUACUGCAUCUCAAGUCUGCUCCUGGUGUCUCUGUGGCGCCAGAGGUCUGCAGGACCUGAGCCACCCGUCUCCAUGGCAACAGUGCAGCUCAACCAGGCUGAUGAGGGACUGGAUGACGAGUAUGAUGACGUCAUUGCCGAUGUCACCACCGAGCAUGACUUCUGA